AUGUUAACACGAUCGGAAGUCAAAUGGCACUCCACCAGAAGAAGCUGUUGGGUCAUCAUCAACAAUACGGUAUACGACAUCACAGACUUUGUAGAUUCGCAUCCGGGUGGAUCUGGUAUUUUGCUCAAAUAUGCAGGUCGCGAUGCAACAGAGGCAUUUGAGCCUCUUCAUCGAGCGGAUACUUUGGAGAAAUAUUUGAAACCGGACCAGAAUCUGGGUCCCGUCUCGAUAGAAGAAUCUGACAUCCAAAACAAAAACGCAAGCAGUAAAGUAAAAGCUACUACCAUCAGAUCAAAUAGUGUUAAACUAUCCUCGAUCAUAAGCAUAUCAGACUUUGAACACGCCGCAUCACAGAAUCUCCCCUUGAAGUCUUUUGCCUUUCUAAAAACCGGUGCCGAAGACGAAUAUGCCGUCAAUUGGAAUCGGAACAGUUGGAAAGCGAUACAAUUACGACCCCGUGUAUUACGACCGAUAGACCGCAUUGAAAUGUCUCGCACCAUAAUGGGGAACAAAUUGUCGGCACCAUUUUUCAUCUGUCCGGCCGGUGGUGCAAAAGUAGCGAACCCGGGAGGUGAUAUCUGCCUAACAAAAGCUGCUGGUAAACAUGGCAUUUUGCACUGGGUCUGUAAUAAUGCCGGCUUCGAUGUGGAAGAGAUGGCCAAUGCGCGAGCACCAGAACAAACGACCUAUUGGCAGAUAUAUGCAAUGACCGAUCUGGCUGUUACUGAGAAGGAGGUAAAGCAUGCCAUUAGCCUUGGGUAUAAGGGAUUUGCCUUGACCGUGGAUGCGAUAUGGUCUGGGAAGCGUGAGCGUGAUGUGCGAGCGGGAAUGUCCGAGACUGAGACUGAUGAAGAUGAUGAAGAGGAUGAUGACAAUUUCAGCAAGGAACCAUCCGUCACGCGACCAUCAGUAUAUUCUCAUUUUGACUGGGCUACUGCUGUCAAAUGGCUCCAGGGGCUCACAGACCUGCCUAUUGCCAUAAAGGGUAUUCAAUGCUGGGAAGACGCAGCACUAUGUAUGCACUAUGGCGUACAUCCGUGGCUCUCCAAUCACGGUGGCCGGCAAUUAGACGGAGCCCCAUCUGCAGCGGACACAAUUGUUUCUAUUCGCAAACAUUGCCCAGAGGUGUUUGAUAAUUGUGAAGUAAUUGUCGACGGCGGCAUUACUAGAGGUUCAGACAUUGUCAAAGCAAUUGCACUUGGAGCUCAAGCAGUUGGGUUAGGUAGAGGAUUUCUGUACUCCCUUGUUUUCGGAGAGAGAGGAACGAGCAAAGCCAUCCGAAUACUGAAGCAUGAGAUUGAGACUACGAUGGCGUUGCUCGGUGUCAGCUCACUGGACCAGCUCAAUCCUUCUUAUGUUGAUGCAUCUUCCCUGGAUUCCGCAUUUUCGAGGGCGCAUCUUUGA